GGAUAGGUUGAGGAGGAAGCAGCCAGAGACUAACGCCUGACCUAGACCUGGAAGCGCUUCCGGGGAGGAUUUGGGGGGCAGAGGCAGGCGUGGGUGUGUCUGGCAUGGGAUGCCGUGGAAAGGAGGGGGCACUCCUGAGCAGAGCGGUGGGUCCUUCCUCGGAGGAAUCCUCUCCCCGUUUGCCCUUUGAUUAUUUGUUGGAGAGCGGUUCCCCAUGGUCUCUGUUCCCGUGCCGGGAGCUUUCUCUUUGGGUGGGCUUAAUCAACUACUCCCUUACAGAACUGCCCGGGGCCUUUUCUGAUACUGGGCAUAGACGUGGGGAAUAUGUCAGAAAAGAGGAAGCCGCUGCUGGGCUUCAUGGGCAAACUCCCCAGUGGGCCUGCCCUGGGGAACUCCGGCAAGACGCACUGCCCUUUGUGCAUGGGGCUUUUCCAAGCCCCCAGGCUCCUGCCUUGUUUGCACACAGUUUGCACCACCUGUUUGGAGCGGCUGGAACCCUUCUCAGUAGUGGACAUCCGAGGGGGAGACUCUGACGCAAGCUCUGAGGGGUCACUAUUCCAGGAACUCAAGCCACCCUGCCUGCAGCCGCAGACCGGCAUCCUCUGCCCAGUAUGUGAUGCUCAGGUGGACCUGCCCAUGGGCGGAGUGAAAGCUUUAACCAUAGACCACCUGGCCAUGAAUGAUGUGAUGCUGGAGAGUCUGCGUGGGGAAGGCCAGGGCCUGGUGUGCGACCUGUGCAGCGACAGGGACGUGGAGAAGAGGUGUCAGACCUGCAAAGCCAAUCUGUGCCAUUUCUGCUGCCAGGCGCAUAGGAGGCAGAAGAAAACGACUUACCACACCAUGGUGGACCUCAAGGACUUGAAGGACUGCAGCCGGAUUGGGAAGGCCAUCCUGUGUCCCGCUCACCCCGCGGAGGAGCUGAGGCUGUUCUGUGAGCUGUGCGACCAGCCGGUGUGCCGAGACUGCGCGGUGGGGGCGCACCGGGAGCACCCCUGUGACUUCGCCGGCAACGUCAUCCACAAGCACGGGGACUCCGUGCGGGAGCUCCUCAAAGGCACCCAGCCCCGCGUGGAGGCCCUGGAGGGAGCCCUGGCCCAGGUCAAAGACACAAAGAGUGCCCUCCAGCAGCGAGUGCAGGCCGUGGCCGCCGACAUCCGGACGUUCUCCGAGGGCUACAUCAAGGCCGUCGAAGAGCACCGGGAUGGGCUGCUGAAGCAGCUGGAAGACAUCCGGCUCCAGCAGGAGAACUCCCUGCAGCUGCAGAAGGCCCAGCUGGAGCAGCUGCUGGCGGACAUGCGCACUGGAGUGGAGUUCACCGAGCACCUGCUGACCAGCGGCUCCGACUUGGAGAUCCUCAUCACCAAGGGGGUGGUCGUGGAGCGGCUCACGAAGCUGAACCAAGUCGAGUACAGCGCCCGUCCCAGAGUCAACGACAAGAUCUGCUUCUCUCCUCAGGAGAAAGGCCGGUGCCGUGGCUAUGAAGUUUACGGGGCCAUCAAUACCAAAGAGGUCGAUCCAGCCAAAUGUGUCCUUCAAGGAAAAGAUCUCCACAGAGCCCGGGAGAGGCAGACGGCCUCCUUCACCCUGCUGUGUAAGGACGCUGCGGGAGAGGGCAUGGGCAGGGGAGGAGACAACAUCCAAGUCGCCGUUGUCCCUAAGGAUAAGAAAGACAGUCCAGUCCGAACAAUAGUGCAAGACAACAAGGACGGGACCUACGGCGUUUCCUACACCCCCAAGGAGCCUGGCAUCUACAAGGUGUUGGUCUGCGUCAAAGAGCAGCACGUGCAGGUGCCGUUCUUUGCUCCUGGUCUGAACACCCAAGGGCUCGCCGUUCACCGUGACCGUGAGGAAGAAGCACCACCCGCACCCGGGCGUGUUUCACUGCUGCACGUUCUGCUCCAGCGGAGGCCAGAAAACGGCUCGCUGUGCCUGCGGGGGCACCAUGCCAGGUGGGUACCUGGGCUGUGGCCACGGACACAAAGGCCACCCAGGCCGUCCCCACUGGUCAUGCUGUGGGAAGUUUUCGGAGAAGUCAGAAUGCACGUGGACAGGCGGGCAGAGCACAGCGAGGAGUGUACUCAGGACGGUGGCACUCUGACGGUUUCCCAGGUCAACCCGCUAAAGCUGCAGCCAGCACGGCUUCAGAUCACCAGACCCCGGACCUCGAUUAAUUCUGAAGAAACUGAUAGAAUUAAACACAAAGUGCCUUACCUAGAUGCUCGAGCGCAAAUACUUUUUGUGAGUUAUUCACCGAUUGUAUGUGUGGGUGGUUGAGCACAAGACGCCACCACUAUAUGUCACAGGAGGCUGGCUUCUGUUUGUAUGGGUAUGAAGGUACCUAUGCCAUUAAACUUCAAGAUCAUGGGGACAGUUUUGCUACUCUUGUCACCAGCUAGCUAAUAAUAGGAAAGGAGCAAAAGGGAGGCCAGACAUUAUAAGCAUGGACAUCUGGGCAGCUUCGCCAGGAAGCUGCAAUGUCACACUCCCAGGGACCACUGUUCCAGUCCCUGCAGAUCACUGGGGGGAGGGGAAGAUGGACACAUGCGCAGUAAAGUCGGGGUGAUGUAGGAAAGAUGCUUGCCUGUCAAUCAAACCUAGGAACAGAAUCCUUGGCUAGAGGGUGAAAUCACUGCGAGUGCACAAAAUCGUAAGAAGGUUAAACUGAAAGGAAUUCUCUUUCUUAUUCCUCUAGUUUCUUUUGUUUUGCUCCUGCUUCCCUGCACUCUCCCAUGUUCCCUCCAUAGCCACGUGGCCAUGCGGACCCCACACGCAAUGGGCUGCAAGCUGGGAAUACAAACUCAGCUAGCCUGAUGCUGGAUUGGUCUGUGCAAAUAUGAAAAAGUGGAAAUUCUGGGCACUAGCUUUAAUCCUAGCUCUGCUUAAAGACAAAAUGGACUUUUUUCUUGGUGGGAUAGAGGGAGAUGGGUCCUUGAGAACUCAGGGGUUUAAUUCCACGCCAAUAAGUACCACUCAUUCUCCCAUGCGAGUCUUAGAAAAUACCUUUCCUCAUUGCAUUACAAGACCAUUUCCACUGGCAACCAGUGGGGACAUGGAGGACACCCCACCAAUCACCGUGUCCCUGACUUUUUGGUAAUUAACCUUUUUUUUACUUCUCCGAGGUACAUUUUAUAUAGAUAAUUUCCACAGGAAUAAACACCUCUUUUUAUCACAUCCACUUUUCACUAGCAGAUUCAAUGGAUUGUCAUGUAAUCUUGCUGUUUAGAUGGAAGUCCCCUUCCUCCUCCUCCAUACCACGUUCAUCUCGUACCCCCAGAGCCUAGAAGACUACUUCGUAAGGGCACACAAGUAGUAAGUAGACAAAGGGAAGUGGUGUUGAAAUAGAACCUCAUGCCUUUACUGCAGUCUUGCUCCUGCCAGACAAUCAUGUUUCUGCUCAACACCUUCCAAUGGAUUCCCAUGGUACGGAGAACAAAGCCAGUCCUUAUGUCAGCACGUAAGACCCUGUAUCACCUGCUCUUCCCAUUCCCUACCCAUCCUCCCCACUGCCCAUCACUCUACUGCAGCCAUACUGGCCUGCCUGGUGCUCUCAAGCCCUCCAAGUACUCUGUCUUGUAGCCUUAUCACCCCCCCCCCCCCCCCCCCCCCCACACACACACACCUCCACCACCACCAGAUUUCUGCUUUGUCAAGUGUCUUUCUGGAAAGGACCCUAAGUAUAUCAUACAAAAGAGCAACCCUCCCCUCACCAGGACUCUAUUUUACCCUUACUUGGCUUAAUCACCAUCUAUCAUAAAUAUUCUAUUUGCUUAUUGUCUGUCCUCUUAUACUAGACUGUAAGCUCUAUGAAGGCAGAGAUUUGGCAUUAACUACUGUAUUUGUCCCUGUGUAUUUUACAUUGUUCUUGGCACACAGUAGAGCUUAAUCAAUAUUUUGUUGAAUGAAUAAAAAAGUGAUUGCUAGAAA